GUCCGAUCACACGCCACGUGUCCUAUCUUCGCCUCCUCCCCUCUGCUCCGUCUCCCUCUCCCUCGAUCUCUCUUUCUGAGGAAGCCGACGACGACGGCUCGGACUCUCCGCCAUCUCCCUCCCUUUCUUGCUCCCUCUCUACCACCCCGUCACCCCCGCCAUCGCCAUGAGUUUCGCCAUCGAGCGAGCUUUCAGUGAUCAGUUGCUGAUGCCACGGGGAGAGAUCUCAGCCAUCCGCCAAGUGCAUCAUCCGCGGAUCAGCACCGACAUCAUGCGCCUUGUGCAGUUCUUCUGCACUGCGGGUGUAUACGGCGCGACAGAGUUCCGAUUCACGAGCAAUCCCCAAGUAGUGGUGCUGGCCGAGGCAACGGCGUUCCAACGGCGAGUGGCCCCGGGAAUCAGCCACGUGUCUACCGUGGUAGUCUUCAGCGGCGACAUCACCGCCUUCGAUCCGGCGCGGCAAGCCGCCAUCAAAAGCACCUUGUACCGGUGGGGUCGCGAUCUGGCCACUGAUUGGGAUCGACGGCUCACAAGGCACGAAUUUGUUGAGCUCUCGUUUUGCCUGCUACGAGUGGAUCUGAAUUGGACGUGGGAAGGCGAUCAGAGGCCCGCGUCGGAGAUUGUGGAGUUGCUCAUCAUUCAGGUGUGGAGGACCAACGUGGCGGGAGAUCUUCUGGGAUUUGUCUUUGGAACAGUGGAUCGGGGAAACGGAUCACAGAUCGUGCGCGAACUUACGAUUUUGAUCGCGCGAUUGGCCGACGAACUCCCUCUCGACAUCGUCUCUCAGAGCGACGAAGAACCCGUGCCACAUACCCUCUCAAGGACUCUCGCCCCGAGCCUCCAGUGGUCGGCUAGUAUCGAGGAGCGCUGGGCGGACCGCCGUUUUCCCUCCCGUAGCGAGUACCUGGACGUCCACAGCCUGACCAAUCCCCGCUUCUUUCGGCAACCAACGGCGUUCGAGUGGGCGGCGUUGAGAGCAGAAGAGGAGGCUGAAGAGGAAUCGGAAGGAGAAUUGAGGAGAGAGGGCGGGGAAGCAGCGGCCCGAUUGGCCGAGGACGAGGAAGAAGAGCAUGAAGAAGAAUACGAGUCGGCGGAAGCUGAAGAAGAAGAACAAGAACAAGAAGCAGAGGAGGAGACUUUGGAGGAAGAGGAAGAGGCCUAUAGUGAGUACAGUGAGGGCGAGCAAAGUGAGGAGGAGGACGAAGACGACGAAGAAGUGGAAAGCGGGGACGACCAGGAGCCAACGCACGACGAGCUCGAGUGGGUGCCAGGACCGGAUCGGCGAGAGGAGAACCCGGAGGCUGCUGCGCAGCGCAAGAAAGAGAUCGCAGAAGGAAAGUGGCUGGCGAUCGAUCCCGCACCGAACGAUCCUUUCAAGGAUCCCAAGCCGCCCAAGCCGGAACAUGGAGACCUUGCUGCCACUCGCGCGCGCGAUUAAUAAAUGUUGACGUCGUUUCUUUUGGUUCGGUUUUCGAUCUUUUGGGCGCGGACAUCGCGCGGUAAAUUGCUUC